UUUCGGCAAGUGCUGCGAUGGGACUGUUAUUGCAGUUACACAAGGAGACUUCCGUGUCAACAGCUGUUAAACUGUUGAACUCCAAUGCAUAACGUUAAAUGUGUAGGCUAUUCGAUCGAGACAAACUAUAACAAAUGGAUAAAAAGUUAAUGGCAGCGGAAUCUGAGGAGAUUGACUGGGGAGAGAGUGCAGUGGACGAAGGGAAGAUUAUGAAGAGGACCCAAAGCUUAUCCGAAAGUGUCCACACAGGUCUUCCUUAUCCACUUACAAAUCCUGUGAAAUGUUCUCUGAUAAAAGGAGACUAUCUCUACUUCCAUUAUGGCUGUGAUGGACAAGAUGACAGAGGUUGGGGAUGUGGCUACCGCACUAUUCAGACCAUGGCUUCCUGGAUUUGUAAUAACUGUGUUCCACUUAAGGACAAACACACACCUCCACCAAGCCUCCCUGAAAUCCAGAAAGCUUUGGUCACCAUGGGGGACAAACCCGGCUCGUUCUCACCCUCCAGGGAUUGGAUAGGGACAUUCGAAGCCUCCCUGAUUCUUGACUAUUUCUAUGAUGUUCCCUGUAAGUUAGUGCAUGUUAGAGGUGGAGGAACAGAGCUGGAGCAUGUUGCAGUGGAAGAGCUCCAUCGGCACUUUGAGAAGCAUGGAUCUCCAGUCAUGAUGGGAGGGGACAGGGACAACUCUUCUAAAGGGAUCUUCGGGGUGUGCACUGGGGGCGAUGGGAGCUACCUGCUUGUCGUUGACCCUCACUACUAUGGAUGUCAGCUGGAGAAGAUGGAGCUGCAGAGGCGGGGGUGGGUGGCGUGGAAGAGAGUGUCAUCUCUGGAUCAGUCUUCAUUCUAUAAUCUGUGUAUGCCUCAGACUGCCAACAGAGCAACAUAAACGUACUGCAGACCUAUUUCUGUUUCAGACUUACACUUUAAUUAUUAUUUUUGAGGAUGGAGUCUAAAAAUCGUCUUAUUAGUACAGACUUUGUUCUGCAUUUUCAGCAUGUUUGAUUUAAAAUAAGCUGUAGGGACAUCUUUUGGAUGAAAUGAAUAAUUACAACGAAUUUAAAGACCAAACUGCUGAUAGAAAUUGAUACAUUUCUUCAUCAUUGCUCCAUUAAAAUGUAUUAAAUCUGAAAUCAUCUUUGAUAAUGUGUCCAUACAUUCAAAAGUAAAUGCUUUGGUUUGUAUUCA